AUGCCUCCCAAAAAAGCUGCGCGAGGGAAACGUACUAAUCAUCAUGUGCCCAAAAACUAUGCUGAAUCCAUGCAAGAAUUAAGCUUACAAUCUUCAGAAGAAAGUGAUAAUUCAAGCAGUUCUAAUGACGAGGGUGUUGAAGCUGAAUUUGUAGUCAGCAUGUGGGAUUUAAACCAUUGUGACCCGAAAAAGUGUUCUGGGCGCAAACUUUUGCGACAUAAUCUUAUAAAGAGCUUGAAACUAGGACAAAGAUUUCAGGGAUUAGUUCUUUCUCCCGUCGGCACGCAAUGUGUUAGUCCAAACGACAAAGACAUAAUAAUAAAAUAUGGUUUAGCAGUAAUAGACUGUUCAUGGGCCAAAAUUGAUGAGACACCUUUCACCAGAAUGAAGUCGCCCCACCCAAGAUUGUUACCUUUCUUAGUAGCAGCAAAUCCAAUUAAUUAUGGCAAACCAUAUCAAUUAAGUUGUGUGGAAGCUCUGGCCGCUGCUAUGUUUAUAACUGGACAUAAAAAAGAGGCAAAGUUUUAUUUAUCAAAGUUCUCAUGGGGUCAUUCUUUCUUAGAAUUAAAUUCAGAGGCAUUAGAUGCAUAUGCACUGUGCACAGAUAGUAAGAGUGUCUUAGAGGCACAAACUAAAUAUUUACAAGAUGUACAAAAUGAAAAAGACACAAGGUCUAUGUGGCCGUCUAGUAGUUCUGAUUCUGAAUCUGAAAGUGAUAGUAAUUCUAAAUCUUGA